AUGUCAUCUUUGCGAAACUCGAUUCAGCGGCGCCCCCAUCGGGAGCGUGCGCAACCCCUCGAGCGCCGCCGCCUCGGUCUCCUCGAGAAGCACAAGGAUUACUCCAAGCGUGCAAAGGACUACAACCAGAAAAAAUCCCAGCUCAAGGCCCUCCGCGAAAAGGCCGCCGAGCGCAACGAAGAUGAAUUCUACUUCGGCAUGAUGUCGCGCAAAGGGCCCGGCGCAAAGAUCAACGUCGGCAGGAAGUGGAACGGCAGGGUCGAGGGCGACCGCGGGAACAACAAGGGCAUGGACCAGGACACGGUGCGGCUGCUCAAGACGCAGGACCUGGGAUACGUCCGCACGAUGAAGCAGGUCGCCGUGAAGGAGUUGGCGAGGUUAGAGCAGCAGGCUGUCUUAACAAAGGGCCUGGAUCAGCUGGCCGAAGAGGAUGAUGAUGAGGAUGACGACGAUUUUGAUCUGGAUGACGAGAUUGAUGGCCCGUCAAAACGAAGGUCAAAUUCAAAUGGUCCCCGGAAAAUCGUAUUCCUGGACAACGAAGACGAGCGAGACGAAGCCCUACAAGCAGCUGAAGACCAAACCACGAAAAGAGAAGACCAAGACGAAGCGUUCGAACGAUCAGAAAACCUCAACGAACUCAAGCGCAAGCUCGAGCACUCGCGCAAAAAGGUCAAGGCCCUCAUGACCGCAGAGACCCAGCUCGAGGUCCAGCGCGCCAAGAUGGCCAAGACGGCUACUUCAGGCGGAACGACGAGGAGAGGGAAGAAGAUUAUGGUUCGGAAGAGGAAGCGGUAG